AUGCCACGAGCAAGACGCGCAAAUAUAGGUCGACGUACGCGUCACAAUACGAAUAGAUUGGAGACAAGAAGAUCACAGACUGAAGAAAUGCGAGCACCAGAAAAUGUGUUACGACAACAAACACAACAUAAUCCAUUGCCAUCACAAGCACGUAUUGCACGUAUUCCACGUCGUCUUGCUAAUGAAAUGGAAUUCUCUGCUUUCAAUUAUAACUUUCGCAACGAUUACGCAAGACAUGCCAACAUUGGUCAAAUGUCAGUGAGAUGUGAAUAUUGUGAUGCAGCCAAAUUCUUAGGUGAAACGGCUGGAAUGUGUUGUGCAAAUGGAAAAGUAAAAUUGCCACCAUUCGAAACACCACCAGAUCCAUUGCGCACAUUGAUCAUGGGAACAUCACCACAGUCGAAGCAUUUUUUAGCUCACAUCCAAGAAUACAAUGCGGUAUUCCAAAUGACAUCAUUUGGUGCAUCGAACAUUGUAAGAGAUAAUUUUAUGCCGACAUUCAAGGUGAUUAGUUCAUGUGGUAUAUCUUCUUCAAUUGGCAAUCUAACCAACACAAUUUUCCGCAAUUUUCAAAAUUCUGAUCCAAUGUGUCCUUAUAUUUCGUUAACAUCGCAGAUUCAAGGUCAGAUUUAUCAUCGAACUGGAUCACUGUUGCCAUUUCCUGAUCGAGAGUUUUCAUUUCUGCAAAUAUAUUUCAUUGGAGAUGCAAAUCGUGAGUUGGAUAGGCGUUGUGCGAUUGCUUCGCAUACUAGACGAGAAAUUGUUUCACAUAUUCAAAGAUUUUUACAUCAGUACAAUGAAUUGGUGACAUUGUUCAAAACCGCGCUUGAUCGUAUGCCAUCUGACAAUCACAGAAUCAUAAUAAGAGCCGACAAAACACCAUUUGGGGAGCAUGCCAGACGAUUUAAUGCACCAACGCUCGAUGAAGUGGCCAUUGUAAUUGUGGGUGAACAAACUUUACCACGCGAUAUUAUAUUGCAUCGACGAAAUGAGCAAUUGCAACGUGUUUCAGAACUUCAUCGCAGCUACGAUGCAUUACAAUAUCCAUUGUUGCAUUGGAAAGGUGAUGAUGGCUACCAUAUCAAUAUUCCUAUGGUAAAUCCACAAACUGGCCUUGAUGCAACAAAAAAAAUGAGUGCAAUGAACUUUUAUUCGCACAGAUUUAUGAUUCGACCGCAAGAAGAUAAUUAUAUUUUGCGAUGUGGCCGACUUUUCCACCAAUACGCUGUGGACAUGUACGUAAAAAUUGAAUCUGAACGUCUCAAUUAUCUUCGAUUUAAUCAGGCCAGAUUGCGUUCGGAAGAAUACAUCCAUUUGCGAGACGCAGUGGUCAAUGAUGGCAACGUAAAUGACAUUGGACGCUUAACGAUAUUGCCCUCAUCAUAUGUAGGCAGUCCGCGCCACAUGCACGAAUACACACAAGAUGCAAUGACAUAUGUGCAUAAAUAUGGCAGACCUGACUUAUUUGUGACAUUUACCUGCAAUCCACAGUGGGCCGAUAUCACCAAUAAUUUAUAUGAUGGACAAAAGUCAACAGAUCGACACGACAUCACCGCCCGUGUAUUUCGUCAAAAAGUCAAAGCAUUGAUGGAUAUGAUUGUCAAAUUAAAAAUAUUUGGACCUGUGCGCUGCUGGAUGUAUUCAAUUGAAUGGCAGAAAAGAGGAUUGCCACAUGCACACAUCUUGAUAUGGCUGGUGCGCAAAAUUACACCGGAUCAAACUGAUGACAUCAUAUCGGCAGAAAUUCCAUAUCAAGCUGUAGAUCCAGACUUAUUUGAGAUUGUCAAGAAAAAUAUGAUUCACGGUCCUUGCGGUCCACUGAAUAUGAAUUCGCCGUGCAUGAUUGACAGAAAGUGCUCAAAGCGAUACCCAAGACCAUUGACUUCUGACACAAUCACAGGUAACGAUGGAUACCCGCUGUAUCGACGUCGAUCACCAAACGAUAAUGGGCACACAGCAAUGAUCAGAAUGCAGAAUCAAGACAUUGUCAUUGAUAAUUCUUGGGUAGUGCCAUAUAACCCAUUGCUGUCAAAAGCAUUUAACGCACACAUCAAUGUCGAAAUUUGCAAUUCGGUCAAGUCAAUUAAAUACAUCUGCAAGUAUGUAAACAAAGGCAGUGAUAUGGCUGUUUUUGGAGUGACUGAUCCCAAUGCAAACGAUGAAAUUACACAAUACCAAAUGGGCCGCUACAUCAGCACAAAUGAAGCUCUUUGGAGAAUUUUUUUAUUCCCAAUUCAUGAACGUUUUCCUGCUGUUGUUCAUUUGGCUGUUCAUUUGGCUGUUCAUUUGGAAAAUGGCCAGCGUGUUUAUUUUACCAAUGAAAAUGUACUGCAGAGGGCGGAACAACCACCAGCAACAACAUUAACUGCAUUUAUUAAGUUGUGCAGAAGUGAUGAAUUUGCAAGAACUUUGCUGUAUUCGGAUGUACCGCAUUACUACACUUGGGUUGCGACAUCAAAAAAAUGGCAGCGACGUAAACAAGGAACACCUGUUGAUGGUCAUCCAGGCGUUUUUUUUGCAGACACCAUCGGCAGAGUUUAUACAGUUCAUCCAAAUAACGCCGAAUGUUAUUAUUUGAGAUUGUUGUUAGUUAAUGUUGCUGGACCACUUUCAUUUCAACAUUUACGUACGGUUAAUGGUCAAUUGUGUCAGACAUAUCGUGAGGCAUGUCAGCUUUUGCAAUUGCUGGAAAAUGACUCACAUUGGGAUUUAACACUUCAAGAUGCAGCGAUCGCUUCUGCACCGCAUAAUAUACGUAUGCUGUUCGCCAUAAUAAUAUCAACGUGUUUUCCAUCAAAUCCACUAGAAUUGUGGAAUAAAUACAAAGAUUAUAUGGCUGAAGACAUUUUGAUCCGAAUGCGUCAUCGUACAAGAAAUCAAGAUUUGUUGCUUACAUUGGACAUGUAUAAUGAGGCAUUAAUAGCACUCGAAGAUUUGUGCCUUGCGAUUGCUAAUAAAGCAUUAGGGCAAUUAGGUUUACCUUCUGCCAAUCGUCCAAUGCAUGAUUUAUUUGAUCGAGAAUUACAACGUGAACGAGAAUAUGAUGCAAAUGAAUUGCAAACAUUUGUAAAUUUGAAUGUUCCAAAAUUGAACGUUCAUCAAAGACAUGUUUACGAUACCAUCAUGCAAGCAGUGAACAAUCGGACUGGUGGAUUGUAUUUUUUGGAUGCGCCUGGUGGUACGGGAAAAACAUUUGUCAUAUCACUGAUUUUGGCUGCCAUUCGAUCGCAAAACAAAAUUGCACUGGCACUAGCUUCGUCUGGAAUUGCGGCGACUUUAUUGGAUGGUGGACGAACAGCACACUCCGCAUUAAAAUUGCCAUUGAAUGUACACGUGCUUGAAAAUCCCACAUGCAAUAUUUCAAGGAAUUCUGCAAUGGCAAAAGUUUUGCGGCAAACAGACAUCAUUUUAUUGGAUGAAUGUACGAUGACUCAUAAAAAAUCGCUAGAAGCACUUGAUCGGACAUUGAAAGAUAUACGUGGCAAUGCUGGAAUAUUUGGUGGUGCAUUAAUUUUGUUGUCCGGCGAUUUUCGCCAAACAUUACCAGUGAUUCCAAGAUCAACACCGGCGGAUGAGAUCAACGCAUGCUUAAAGUCAUCGAUUUUGUGGCGACAUGUUCAAACUAUGACACUGAAUAUUAACAUGCGUGUUCAGUUGAACAAUGAUCCAUCUGCAUAUCACUUUUUCAAAACAAUUGUUGGACAUCGGCAAUGGUAA